AUGUUCAAUCUGUUGUUAUCUCGUAUAAUUCUGAACAUUUCUUUAGAUGUUCUUUCUAUGGGGAAAAAUGCACAACAAAGUUCAACCUUUGCAUGCCCCGGAUGUGGAGCAAGUCUGGCUGUUGACAGUAACGUAGAAACCUGUACUAGAACAGAGUUAGAAAGGAAUCAGUGGUGGAUGGUUGAUCUACAAGAAAUAAAAUCCAUAUAUGCCAUUAAGUUUAUCUUUAGGAAUUAUAGUGGAUUUGGAUUACGGCAGCAAAAACGUUUAUCCGGAUAUGCCAUUUAUGUAUCAAAUUCUCCAGAUAUUAAAAGUGGCAAACUGUGCUUCAAAGAUAAAGGACAAUAUCUACCAUCACUUACAGCAGAGCACAUCUGUGCCUCGUUUGGACGCUAUGUUCAGUUUGUAAACGAAAAUUACACCUACGUAGAAUUGUGCGAUUUUGUCGUUUCAGGCUGUGUCUCUGGAACUUUCGGGACUGAUUGUAAAAACAACUGCAGCGGGCAUUGCCUGAAUGAUUUCAUCUGUAAUAGGACAACAGGACAAUGUGACUAUGGGUGUAAACCUGGGUACAAAGGAGAACUUUGCAAUAACGGUAAUUAUUUCCAGUCAAAUGAAACCGUCACGAUAGCUGAGUCGAUAGAGGGCUUGUUCCAUGAUCAGAAGCUGGUUGGUUCAAACCCUGGCCGCGACUGA